AUGGCCGCCUCUGCUGCAGGAAUAAACAAGCAGGGCGCCACCAUGACCACCAUGGAGCCGUGCGGCCGACACGGCAGGGCGGCGAGCGGAGGCGCCGUUAAGGUGCUGGAGUGCGGCGUGUGCGAGGACGUCUUCUCCCUGCAGGGGGACAAGGUGCCCCGGCUCCUGCUGUGCGGGCACACCGUGUGCCACGACUGCCUCACCCGCCUGCCACUCCACGGCCGGGCGGUCCGCUGCCCCUUCGACCGGCAGGUCACCGAGCUGGGGGACUCUGGAGUCUGGGGUCUAAAGAAGAACUUUGCCCUGCUGGAACUUCUGGAGCGGCUGCAGAACGGCGCCAGCAACCAGUCGGGCGUGGCGGAGGACGCCCUGACAGGAAUGGGAGAGUGCGUGAUCCGCUGCGACGAGGACGAGGGCCACACGGCCACCAUGUACUGCACGGUGUGCGCCACCCACCUGUGUGCCGAGUGCUCGCAGCUCACCCACUCCACGCGCACGCUGGCCAAGCACCGCCGCGUGCCGCUGGCCGACAAGCCGCACGAGAAGACGCUGUGCCCGCAGCACCAGGUCCACGCCAUCGAGUUCGUGUGCCUGGAGGAGGCGUGCCAGCCGGGGCCGCUCAUGUGCUGCGUGUGCAAGGAGUACGGCAAGCACCAGGGCCACAAGCACGCCGUCCUGGAGACGGAGGCCAAUCAGAUCCGGGCGUCCAUCUUGGACAUGGCGCACUGCAUCCGCACCUUCACGGAGGAAGUGUCCGAGUACUCCAGGAAGCUGCUGGGCAUCGUGCAGCAAAUAGAAGGCGGCGAGCAGAUAAUAGAAGACGGCGUGGGCAUGGCACACACUGAACACGUUCCCGGCACAGCAGAGAGUGCUCGCUCCUGCGUGCGCGCCUACUUCGCCGACCUCCACGAGACGCUGUGCCGUCAGGAGGAGAUGGCGCUGAGCGUGGUGGACGCCCACGUGCGAGAGAGGCUGAUGUGGCUGAGGCAGCAGCAGGAGGACAUGACCAUCCUGCUGUCCCAGGUGUCCACCGCCUGCCUGCACUGCGAGAAGACGCUCCAGCAGGACGACUGCCGGGUGGUGCUGGCCAAGCAGGAGAUCAACUGUCUCCUGGAGACGCUGCAGAAGCAGCAGCAUCAGUUCACAGAGCUGGCGGAUCACAUCCAGCUGGACGCCGGCAUCCCCGUCACCUUCACCAAGGAUAACCGGGUCCACAUCGGGCCCAAGAUGGAGAUCCGCGUGGUGACGCUCGGCCUGGACGGCGCCGGAAAAACCACCAUCCUCUUCAAGCUGAAACAGGACGAGUUCAUGCAGCCCAUUCCAACCAUCGGUUUCAACGUGGAAACUGUGGAGUACAAGAACUUGAAGUUCACCAUCUGGGACGUGGGGGGGAAGCACAAGCUGAGACCGCUGUGGAAACAUUAUUAUCUCAACACUCAAGCCGUGGUGUUCGUGGUGGACAGCGGCCACCGGGAUCGUCUGAUGGAGGCGCACGGCGAGCUGGCCAAGCUGCUGACGGAGAAGGAGCUGCGAGACGCUCUGCUCCUCAUCUUCGCCAACAAGCAGGACGUCCCCGGCGUGGUGUCCGUGGAGGAGAUGACGGAGCUGCUGGGUCUGCACAAGCUGUGCUGCGGGCGCAGCUGGCACGUCCAGGGCUGCGACGCCCGCAGCGGGGUGGGCCUCCACGAGGGUCUGGACUGGCUCUCCAGGCAGCUGGUGGCCGCCGGGGUCCUGGAUGUGGCCUAAAACCUGCUGGACUCUGUGGAGAUGGAGGACUCAGACACUGGCAGGUACUAGCGCCUUGCAGACUCACUACAACUACAUUCUCAUCAGAAGGAGGUUUUGUGCCACAAUUGAUGAUUCUAAUUCAAACAAUAAUUUAUACAUUUUGUGAAAAAAAAAAUCUAAAAUAAUUUUGAUUGAGACCAUUUUUUUCAUGACCGUUUUAUUUAUUUAAUGACCUUUAUAUGAACAAAUCCAUCACUCAGCGUCGAAAGUUCAGCCCGUAGCUACAUUUGUAAUGGUUAGCAUUGCUAACAGCUUUUCUGCAGGUGUACACCUCAGCGUCAAACAUUUUGCAGCUUGAAUAAUACCUGUUAGCAUGCUAACGUUAAUAUGCUAGCAUUUUUUUGGCUAAUAAUGUAGGUAUUGUUGCGUUUUGGACCAGUUGUUCCUCCCAGGGAAUUCAAGUCACAAGUCGCUCCCAAGCUCUUUACGACACUUAAAGCUGAGUAGAAAAACCACCAGAGACAGAAUAUGUAUUUUGUAAUAUAUUUGCAAAGCUUUGCA